UAAUUUGCAGUUAAAGAAACUGCUUUCUGGUUCCUUCAGCUUCAGGAAGCCACAGUGGCAGAUGGCCAAAUGUGCAGUCAGUUGGCUGCAAGACCUUUAACUCAUCGGACCAAAAGUUACUGCAGAAAGAAAAAUAAAAAUCUAUCAGAGGAAGUUGUUCACGGAUAAAAGUCUUCAUGCAUGGUUCCGCGCAAGUUUCUUUAUGCCGUUCCUUCAGUUUUAGCUCCAUUACAAGUGAUUCCAAACCUUCUGUUUCUGAAGGUCUCAUUCAUUCAGGUUGCUUCUCCUCUGGCAUUUCAUCCACAUGUCCUGCAUAAAGUUUCUGAAGGCUGGUUCUUCAUGACUCUCCUCAGUCACUGGGGGAAGAAGUGACACUCCGGGGCUAUUUCAGUACUUGUUCUACUUGUGUUACUGAAAAAAAAGCUAGAAUCAGGAUAGCCAAAGCAACAUAGAAAGUCUAUUCCAUCUUCAACUACAUUACGGGGCAAAGGAAAUAAGUGAUCCUACCCAUCAGUGGAACAGGGAAAGAAUGAAGAUUGAGUCUGUGAGCUAUGUAAGAGAAAAAUCACACUGUAACAACUUAGAAGAUUGCUCCAAGACCACAGUCACAGGAAAAGGGAAGAGAGCCAGGGGCAGAAACUGUAAGGCCAAAAAGAUGAUGGACACAUCUGUGCAUAAUCAGGUUCAGAAGUCACUGCAUUCUCUGGUUUAUGUGUGUUAUACACCUAUUAAUUACUUGAAUAGAAAAUUUAAAAUUCAACUUUCACAAAGGUUACAGAGUGAUAUCCCUAGAGUGACCAUUGCAGCUGAGCUUCUGCUACAGAUUCUGACACGUCAGGUGACUGAAUGUUUGCUUGUUUUCUAGGCUCUCCUUACAGUCCAUCCAGGUCAUGAAAUACAGAGGGGAUUUCUUGACUAGACAGGCAACUUUUAGACCUCAUUCCCUUACCUUCAUGGUCAAUGUCAUCAGUGUUACCCUCCCUCUCUUCUUGCUCUUCAUCAAGAGUUCCUCAUUGUUAGUAUUAGCUCAGAGGGACCCAUUGCAGAAGCAUCAGGUCCUUGAAGGGAACAGAAACGGCUGUACACAAACCAGCUUGCUAAAGGUAAGGUUUCUAUCUGCACAGAAACCCAGCAAUGAACACCUGCUCUAAGGGGACAGAAAGCUGCUUGUGGAUCCCAGACACAGGACAGACUCCAUCAGCACCUACUCGGCUCAUAUAAGGAACAGUGCAGCCAACAGCAGAGCUUUCUCAUAUUCUGAUCUGACUGUUUCACCUUUUCUAAAGUAUUUCAUUAUUUCUAGUAGGUCCACUGCUUUAGCUACACAGUGGGGUUUCUUCCAAACCUGUGACUGACACAAGAAGAGCUAAGUGUGACCAAUCCCACAGGAACUGAAGCCCCACUCCUCUAACAUGGAGCUGCUUUCACACUUCUUGUGAGGACAAAGAAGCACGCUUCCUCCUGUAGAUAAAGAUUUACAUGUGGAUUCUGAGAACAUUUAAAACAUCAGAAGAGAAACCUCACUCAAGCCCAGCAGUCUGUCCCCCAGUCGGAGAGCAGAAGUCACUCUCUGCAGGUCUUACAUUUCAACCAAGGUUAUUCAGAACUUCUGACUAAGCAUGGAAAGCAACCUCCAGUAUGGUGGGAUUCUAGGACGUUUUCAGCAGCACCGGGAAGCCAAACUCUGUGUAGCUGUGCCUGCAGAGAACUGUCGUUUGGACAGCCAGAACUCAAGGUGGGUUUGCAAAGGUAAAACUUGCGCGGCAUCGUCUCACUGGUGAAAAAGUUGCGAUAAAAAUCAUGGACAAACUUGCUCUACAGGAUGAUUUGCCUCGUGUUAAAUUAGAAAUUGAUGCCAUGAAGGACUUGAGUCACCAGCACAUUUGCCGGUUGUAUCAUGUGAUUGAAACACCUAAGAAAAUAUUCAUGGUUUUAGAGUACUGUCCUGGAGGAGAGUUGUUUGAUUACAUAAUUUCUAAGGACCGCCUUUCCGAGGAGGAAGCUCGUGUAUUUUUUCGGCAGGUUGUUUCAGCAAUUGCUUAUGUGCACAGUCAAGGAUACGCCCACAGGGAUCUCAAACCAGAAAAUUUGCUGAUUGAUGAGGAACAUAACCUGAAGCUGAUAGACUUUGGACUUUGUGCAAAGCCAAAGGGUGGCCUUGAUUACCAUCUGAACACAUGCUGUGGAAGCCCAGCUUAUGCAGCACCAGAGCUGAUUCAGGGCAAAGCAUACAUUGGCUCAGAGGCAGAUAUUUGGAGUAUGGGAGUACUGUUGUAUGCUCUGCUGUGUGGUUUUCUCCCCUUUGAUGAUGACAAUGUCAUGGCUGUCUACAGGAAGAUACUGAGAGGAAAAUACAGUAUUCCAAAGUGGCUCUCUCCUAGUAGUACACUGCUCCUUGACCAAAUGCUGCAGGUUGACCCAAAGAAGAGGAUUACAGUCAAACACCUGUUAAGUCACCCUUGGCUUAUGCAAGGCUACUCUGAUGCUGUUCAGUGGCAAAGUAAAUACCCACUGGGACAUCUUGAUGAAGACUGCAUAACGGAGCUUUCUGUGUUUCAUGAGCAGAGCAGGGAGACUAUAAUGGAAUUAAUAACAGAGUGGAAAUAUGACCAGAUGUCAGCAACAUACCUCUUGCUUCAAUCCAAGAAGGCUCGCGGCAAGCGUGUGUGUUUAAGGUUUCCAUGUCUAACACAGCAUGCCAGAACCCUGCCGUUGGCAGGCCUCAAGUCUGAAAACAUUGUGAUGUGUGAAGACAUGCCAGACUGCAGUGAAAUGCCAUGCGCGUUUGGAUCCAUGGAAUUUUCAGAUACAGCUUCACUGCUUAAAGAAUCUCCUUUAGAAGAAUUUAUUCUAAAUACUCAUGGAACAAAACAGCAUUCAAAGCCUGAUGCUCAAUUGGAUGAUACGGAAUUCACACUGUCAACUCCAGUGACAAAAAAAGUGGCAUCAAAGAAGCAUAAAAACAAAGAGAAUGUAGAGACAGAGUCAGCUUUAAGAAAUGAAAUGCCCUUUGCACUUCCUGCUCCAAAGACUCCUUUUGCGAAGAGUCAGAUUGAGACACAGGAACAAGCCGUACCCCCUCACACACCUGCCUUCAAAGAGAGCCAGUUCACUGCAGUCACCCCAAUUAAACCCACAAACCUGACAAACACAGAUGAAUUCACAGCAGCUGAGGUUCUUCCUGAAAGAAGAUGUCACUCAGUGGAAUUAGAUCUCAACCUAGGUCACAUGGAUAGCAGCCAAAAGAAGAGAAAAGCCAAAAUAUUUGGAAGUCUUGAAAGAGGCUUAGAUAAAGUGAUCACAAUGCUUACGCCAAGCAAGAAGAAACGAUGCACUAGAAGUUGUCCAAGGAAACGUAAGGCACACUGCAAUGUUACCAUCACUCACCUACUGAAUGCAGACCAACUGUUGAAUGAAAUAAUCACUGUUCUUUCGAAGAAGCAUGUGGAAUAUGUUCAGAAGGGUUAUACCCUGAAAUGUCGAACACGGUCAGAUUUUGGUAGAGUAACUAUGGAGUUUGAGUUAGAAGUGUGUCAACUCGAUAAAACUGAAGCAGUGGGUAUUUGGCGACAACGGCUUAAGGGUGACGCCUGGGUCUACAAGAGGCUGAUGGAAGACAUCUUAUCUAGCUGCCAAGUGUGAGUGGCAGAGGCUUUUAUCAUGGUGUUUUGGAAAGGUCUGUUCAGAGAAGUAAUUCUUUGUCACAGUCACAGCUAUAUUUGAAAAAUCUGUCAUAUUUCUUCUGUUUUAACCAUCCCUUUUUGUACAUAUGCCUUCUGUACGUUUCCUUUAUUAGGUUCAUAAUAAAUGUUCUGCAACUGCAACUUUUCUGAAGCAAAAUUCUGUAAGCUGUUCCCUCUCUCAUAUAUUUUUCACAUAUCUGUGUUAAAAAAGUAGUGGUGUUUAUGUGCUGAAGCUUUUUGUGCUAUGUCUUCAGUUAUCAAGUGCAUGUGGCACAGAAAUUGUAAUUUGCAUAAUUCUCUUGUCUCUGCUUAAGUAGGAUUUAUUGAGAUCAUUAACUAAGUCACAGCUGUGGUUCCCAGAGUUACACUAUAUGCUCAGUGUUGUACAAAAUAGGACUGGCUUCAAUAAAUGUGAAGUCAAGAGUG